UUAGGAUAUGAAUCAAAUUUUGACAUUUCUGAAUAUUCCCACAAAGAUGGAUUUGGUGUUAAAUAUGAUUCAGAAUCUAUCAUGCAUUAUGGAAGGUACGUAUUUAAACUCUGGGGUUAUGAUAUAAAUACCACCAGCCACUAACUUAGGUUUUCCUUUAUAGAAUCUUGUGUAUAUGGAAUUUGACUUAUAUGAUCUUGUUUCAUUUUAGGUUUACGUUUGCAAAAUCUGGCUCUGCACCAACAAUUGUGCUGAAAUCUAACCCGAAUCAACCUUUGGGAGGAAGAAAAUUAACUCCAUCUGAUAUUCGACAGAUGAAUUUAUAUUACGAGUGUGAUGGGUUUGUAAAAACUACAACCACUACUAAACGUCCAACAACUACCACAACGACAACACGUCCAACAACUACAACAACGACAACACGUCCAACAACUACUGCAACGACAACGCGUCCAACUACUACCACGACGACAACACGUCCAACAACUACCACGACGACAACACGUCCAACAACUACUACAACGACAAGACGUCCAACAACUACUACAACGACAACACGUCCAACAACUACUACAACGACAACACGUCCAACAACCACUACAACGACAACACGUCCAACAACUACUACAACGACAACACGUCCAACAACUACUACAACGACAACACGUCCAACAACCACUACAACGACAACACCUCCAACAACUACCACAACGACAACACGUCCAACAACUACUACAACGACAACACGUCCAACAACUACCACGACGACAACACGUCCAACAACUACUACAACGACAACACGUCCAACAACUACCACAACGACAACACGUCCAACAACUACUACAACGACAACAACAACCAAAACGACAACACGUCCAACAACAACCACGACGACGACGACACGCCCCACAACUACAACUACUACAACGACAACUACAUCUAGCACUAUUCAAGCAAUUAAUUGCGAUCGGCAAGUAGAUGAAUCUCCGAUGUGCUUCAUUAUUGCAAGCAGAUUUUUCGAGGAUUUCUAUUGCAAUAGAAGAAUGUUUAGUGUAUGUCAUCGUGCUUGUUGCAGCUGGAGAAAAAGAAACGCAUUUUUAGUUGCAUCAACGCUUUCACCAUAUAGCAUUAAGAAAGUAGCAAAACCGACAACCACAGCAACAACAACAACACGUCCAACAACUACCACAAAGACAACACGUCCAACAACUACCACAACGACAACAACAACCAAAACGACAACACGUCCAACAACAACCACGACGACAACACGUCCAACUACUACUACAACCACAACACGUCCAACAACAACCAAAACGACAACACGUCCAACAACAACAACGAAAACGACAACACGUCGAACAACAACCACAACGACAAGACGCCCAACUACUACUACAACGACAACACGGCCAGAACCGAAUAUUCAGUCUGCGAAAGUUUGUGGAGAUGAAACUUACCUAUGUGCAAGAGCUUUUGUAAAUCGAAAUAUAUGCGCAUUUCCAAAGUUUUGCAGACGAUCGUGUGGAUUAUGUUCGGGUCCUAGUGAAAACAUGUGUGACCUUCUCGUCGAUGCAAUAAAUGUUGGUUGUAAACACAGAAGAAGAAGAGGACAUUGUGUCUCGAAUAACAAGAACAAGAGGAGAAUGAUGAAGCAAGAGUGUCCAAGAACAUGCUGCAUGCGUGGACAGUUUUACGAAUAAAAAAAAAAUGGUGUA